CAGCGGAAUAAAGUGGGCGUGGGGCAUCAUAACAAAUGAGAUCAGGGGGUGGGGGUGGGGGACCACCAGCUGCUGCAGUAGGUGGCAUCCUGAAACUCAUAGAAUCGACACUGGGUCCAGGUGGAGGACCUCGAACUGGAGAACGGAAUGCCCUCCUUCCCGGAGGUGGCAAUGGGGCAGCAGCGUCUGAUGCUGAGAUUGCAGAAUACAUUUCGGUGUCUCCGAAAAGAUCGUCC